AUGAGGAUCUCUCGAGUAGCCUGCCAGGCAGCGGCCCUGGGCGCCGCUGGAGCCUCCAGCCUCUCCUCCAACACCAGCGGCUACGACUACAUCGUCGUCGGCGGCGGACCCGCCGGUAUCAUCACGGCCGAGCGCUUCGUCGAAGCAGGCAAGAACGUCCUGCUCCUCGAGCGCGGCUCAGGCCCAACCGUAGCCACCGGCGCCAACGAGACCCUCCCCUGGAACAACACGCUGACCCCCAUCGACCUCCCCGGUCUCUCCGCGGACGUCGGCGCCCUCGACGUAUGGAACGAGUACAUGUGCACCGACACCCCCGGCAACGCCGCCUGCGUGCUCGGCGGCGGCGUGACAGUCAACUACAUGGUCUUCGUGCACCCGUCCAAGCACGACUUCGACGACAACGCCAACUGGCCGGCCGGGUGGAAGUGGAAGGACGUCGAGCCCGCCGCGCAGCGCCUCUACGCCCGCAACCCCGGCACCAUCCUGCCCUCGUCCGAUGGCAAGCGCUACGACCAGGGCCUGUACUCUGUUCUGUCGAAGUUCUUGGGCUCCCUCGGCUGGACGUCCGUCGAUAUGAUCGCCCAGCCUGACGAGAAGCACCGCGUCUACAGCUACCCGGCGUGGAACGUCCAGGACCAGGUCCGUGCUGGGCCCGUCCGCACUUAUCUCCCCCUCGCGCAGAAGAGCAGCAACUUCUCCCUCCGCCUGAACACCAAGGCCCUCCGCGUCAUCCGCACCGGAAGCACCGUCACAGCCGUGGAAGUGCAGAACCCCUCCGGCAGCACCGAAAUCAUCCCCCUCGCGCCCAACGGCCGCGUCGUCCUCGCGGCGGGCGCCCUCUCAACACCCCGCCUCCUCUUCAACUCAGGCAUCGGGCCCAAAACCCAAAUCGAGACCGCAGCGCGAAGCGGAAUCCCCGUCCCCGCGCAAAAGGACUGGAUCGAGCUCCCCGUCGGCAAGACCCUAAAGGACCACCCCAUCUUCACCAUCACCGCCAAAACACCCGGCAACUUCAGCAUCCCCGACUACGACGCUAUCCUGGACGGUUCGGACAGAGGCGAUAUCGCGCUGUACGGACAGGGCUCGGGCCUCCUGACGCAGGGCAAGCACCGCCUCAUCUUCUUCAGCUCGAACACCGUCCACAACCACACGCGGUACUUCCAGGGGUCUUGCGCGCCCAAGGAGGACGCCGUCCUUGAGAUCAAGGCGUAUAUGACGCAUGGCUUGACGUCGACUGGUGUGCUGGGGCUAGACGAGGACCAGAAUACAGUCAUCGAGACCUCGCCGUAUAUGCAGACGGCGGAUGAUGUCCUUGCUGCGCGCUUGUUUGUCCAGGAGCUCCUUGGCGACUUUGAUGCACCGAACAAGGGGUGGGAGUUGACGGUCGACGCCAAUGUCACUGAGAUUCUGGCCGCCCCUGCUGCUGGAACGCAUUAUACGUCCACGGCCAAGAUGGGACUUGAUGAUGGACGGAAGAAUGGGACUGCGGUGGUGGAUGUUAACACGAAAGUCUAUGGCAUGGAUAACCUGUAUGUUGUUGAUGGCAGUAUCCACCCCGACCUGUCUACUGGUAACAUCCAGACGACGAUCAUGGUUGUUGCCGAGGCAGCGGCUGCUCGUAUCCUUGCGCAGAAAUAG